AUGUGCGAGGGCGGGGGGGGAGGACGCCCGCUGGCGGAGGCAGCUCUGGGAGGGGCCGCCCUCCUCCUGCCGCCGCUGCUUGCAGCAGGCGUCGCGGUGGCGCUUGGGAUGGGGCCGGGCGACGCAGGCAACGGCGGGAUCGGCGCGCCGCUUACCACACAAGAGGUGAGAGCGAUGCAGGGACGCAGCGCCUCGCCGUCCGACGACGCGGCUGCAGAUUCCCCGCUUUCGUUCGAGGCGGCGGCGGAGGAGCAGGCACUGGUGGACGUCUUGAGAGGCGGCGUUAUCCGGGCGCGGUGA